GAUUGAAAUUAUUCGAUUGGCGGACGCAGUCGAUAGUCGGGAGCGGUGCCAUCGGUGGCACGACAGGCAUCGAUUAUUUCACUUGCAUCCCUAGUCGUCCGCUCCAAUAUAAUAAUUUCACUGGGCAAACUUAAUGGAAUAAACGACGAAAAACCGGGACUAAUUAGCCCCAGAGCGAGUGCCAAUUGGAUGCCAGCGAGUUUGGCCGUCGUGCGUGCGAUAGAAACCAUUAAUGGCCGCAAACCGGGCAGCUGAUAAUGAAAGAUGCACGAAUAUGACGUAAAUGAGCGCAAAGAGGAACCAGCCAGUCUUCCACCCACUCAAAACGAGACCACUGACACGGUCGGCCAGAGCCAGGAUCAUCACAACGAUUCAACUAAAGUCAACAGCCAGCUGCCACAGGAUCAGCGAAAUCAGGAACAGGAUAAUCCUAUUCGGCAGCAGGACAACAAUCAGCCGCUUCAGGAAACGCCAACUAAGCAGCAGCAGGAGGAAGUUUCCAUUCUUUAUCCUUUGGUAGUCUGCGAGCAGGUGGCAGUCACCCAACCAAUUCUGAUUGCGGACACGCCGAAACGAUCUCCAGUUAAGAAGCGCCAGCGACGCGUUUAUGUCGCCGACACCUUGCGCUGCUCCAGCCUACGUUCCCGUCAAGAGCCCGAAGCCAAGGACCCACUGGAAGGUGGCCUAAAGCAGCCGGAAGUCGCUCCACCACCACCGCCUGUUCAGGCGCCCUCGCCCACGCCGACAGAAUCUAUUGAAUACACACCUCCAGGCCUCUUUAAACCGGAGUUCUGGAACAGCAUUGAAGAGGCCCAAGAGCCGAAGACCGUUGUGAAGAAGCGACGUGCCGCUGGAGGACUCAAAAGGACGCGCGGCAACAAGCUUCUGAGAGAGAUCGAGAUACAUUCGCCGGAAACGGCGGCCGCAAUUGCGGCAGCACAGGCCGAACUCAACGCCGCAGGAAAGCAGCACUCGGGAGCAGCAGGAGCACGGGCCAGCCGCAAGAGGACCAACACGAUGUCUCUAUACGAUCGGCGAUUCCAGACGACCACCGAUGAGCGCCGCGUGGCUAACGGAUACGGAGGCAAUGCAGCGCGUUCGGGCACUGGCUCCUCGUCAAACGAGAUCGAGUCCCAGGAGCUGCAGAGCCAUCAGUAUUACGGUCCCAACGGUGGCAGCAAUGCAGCGGGAGCAGCCGCAGGCUUGAACGGAAGUGCGGCGGCCCUGAACCAUGCCCCUUCUAUGGGCACACUGUGCAACAUAGGCAACAGUUGCUACUUGAACUCGGUGGUAUACACCCUGCGCUUUGCUCCGCACUUUUUGCACAGCCUACACCACCUGAUACAGGACUUGAAUGUUGUGCAGCAGACGAUUGUUCGCCAGCAGACGGCCAGGUCUGCGUCACUCGGCAGGAAUGUGAGUGCCGCUCAAUUGGAGCACGCCCGCAGCUGGAGCAGCAAAGAUCUGGUCACCAGUACGGAUCAGUACAGCGGCCAGAACGGCGGAGUUAAUAGCGGGAACGGUGGCAGCGGUUCGAGCAAGUCGACUCAUCAGUCGGUAACCGAAAAACUCCACGAACUGUAUAACAACCUGCACGGCAACGAGAUGGCAGACUCCACGGAGCCCUACCACGCGGACACGCUGCUGCACGCCAUCCAGGACGUAAACGCCACCUUUGAAGGCAACCAGCAGCAGGACGCACACGAAUUCCUAAUGUGCGUGCUUAAUUGCAUCAGGGAAACGAAUCAGUCUUUAAUCAAGGCCAUUGGCGAGUGUCCUGAGGUCAUCGCAAAUGGGUACAUAGCCAACCCGGAUGAAGUCGACUCCGGAGAGAGCCAGGAUCGCACUGAUUCCACUGCGUCGCAGAACGUGAGCUCUGGCAAUGGAUCGGUGGCAACUAGUCAAAUAACCACGACCAAAACGUCGUUCUUCUCUCGCAAAUCAAAAAGAAAAGACGAGGUCAAGUCAUCCAAGUCGACGCGCGUUCAGUCGCCGCUCAAGGAUAAUAGUCCCACGGCGGGCGGGUUAACCGGAGCGGGCACAGCCCAUGCCACCGCCAACAGCCUGUUCUACCUGAACACAGUUGAUCUCAGCGGCGCCAGCAGCACUAGUGGAAGUGCCAGUACGAGUGCCAGUGGCGUUGUUCCCACAAGUGUAGCGUUGCCGACACUACCGCAGGCUACAAAAUACUCCAGUGACGACGAAAUGAAUUCGGCCGCCGUGCUGAAGGACAAAAUGCGACUGGAGGAGCGAAUACGGGAGCUCAACCUGAACUUCUUCAGCUCCGACUUCGAGGGCAUUGUGGUGCUGACGACCAAGUGCCUCAGUUGCGAGACGAUCACGCGACAAAAGCAGGGCAUGCUUGAUAUUUCUGUGCCGGUGCCGAUCUCUGGAUACGACAAUGCCGAUCUGCAGGACAAACCGAGCACCUACAUACAGAAUUCCUGCAUUACGAAGGAGUAUUUCCGCGGCGAGAAUAAGUAUAGUUGCAACCAGUGCACCGGCUACACCGAAGCCAUUCGGUCCAUCUCGUACGAGGUGCUGCCCCGGCUACUGGUCAUACAGCUGAAUCGUUUCUCUGGCGGCAUGGAGAAGGUGAGUACGUACGUGCCCACAACCUUCACGCUGCCCUGUUUCUGCGCCACCUGCUGUGAGCUGGGCGAAGGCAACAAGCUGCACGUUUACAAGCUGUACAGCGUGAUCACGCAUGUGGGAGCCACACUGACGGUGGGCCACUACAUCGCCUACACGUGCUUCUUGGAUCUGGCCAGUGACUAUGUCAACUGUCCGAAGGAUCGAAGGAAUACGAUGACAAACUCGCAAACGAUGACAUCGCAAACAGUGGCCUCCAAUGAAAAUGCUGCGCCAAACAAUGGAAGCAGCUCCGUGGCCAGCACUCCAGUUAUUGCAGCCGCUUCGGCUUUGGCCUCCUCAGGCAACAUUUUGAUGAAAAAGAUGAAGUUCGGCCGCAGCAAGGCCUCCAGCAGCGGUGAUAUGAGCAAGAAUGUUAAGCAAGUUAAUGGGACCAGCAGCAAGAACAUCACCAAUGGAAUUGGAAAGCUGAGCAUGAACACCACCUGCCAGGGAGUCAACUGCUGUGCCAUGAGGCUCUGCUGCAGCCAGCAGACGAGCGGCAGCAACUCAGCCAGUUGCAGCGAUUUUAGCGAGGAAACGCUGCAAAACGGAAGCAACAGCAAUCUCAGCUUUGGAGGAUCGGGCAGCACCUAUCCCACAGGCUACGGCAGCACGGGUCGUGGUGGUGUCAGAGCCAACUACGCCCACGGAGGUCCUGAUCCCAUUUGGUACAUGUGCGACGACGACAAGAUCAAGGCCAUGACCCAAAGGGAGUUCGAAGAGCUGUUAUCCCCCACUCGGAAGAUCACAAUAACGCCCUAUUUGCUCUUUUACGCGCGAUUCGAUCUGCAGCCGCAUAAGGCGACACCGCCGAAGCCUGGAUCAUCGUCAACGCCUCCGCCACCGUCGUCGGCACAGAGUUCGUGGUCGAAUGAAAACAUGGCCAGCGGCUCGCAUAAGAUUUGAGGUUGCCCCAAGCCGCAAAAGCCCAGUGGCAAGCGGGAAAAGUGAAAAUUGAUUGAAGAAUUGUACAUCAGAUAUACCGAUCGGAUUGGAGAUGUCUCUAGCCUAGAAUAAUAAGCAAAAUAAGAAGUCUGUUUGUUAAACAAUGUAAUCGUACUAAGCUCUAUCGUUUAUCUACAUGCAUAACUAUUCAUUAACCACUGGUUAGGUUUGACUGAGUCCUCAAUUCCAAGCGCCCUAGGGCUCCCUUCUCCCAUAUCCGAUGAUCAUAUAGCUUUUGUUUUUAUUAGUAGCAAUCAGUUCUGUCUGUUCAACCGAUGCAUUUGAUUUUGGCAUUCUAUUAUGGUAUUCUAAUCGUUAUCAAUUAACAAACCGAACGCGUCACAUUGAAAACACGAAUUUAAAACGUUGAGAUUGUUUGCCCCAUUGAAUGUUAGUGACAUUCGCAAAACGUUUUCGAUAUACUCGUACAUAAAUUUAAAGCGAAAGCAAUAAAACUAACACAUCUUUGAUUCACAAUAGUGCAUGGCAGAAGAGUGGCGAGUGUUGUAAUGAUAGUAAUUAUUAAUAAUAGUAAUGAAUAAUCUCCAAUAUUCUCAUAGGACACACCUACCCAGUUGGCUUUGUGUCGGGAGGCGAUGGAAUCUGUAAUAAUUACAGCAUCAGUUAUACUUAUAGUGACUGGAAUGGUUUAUUGUAAACAAUGAGCUGUACCCACGUAAAACACACAAAUCUAUAUACGAAGUGUUGAAUAGUUGUUAAACUCAUGACACACCUCAAAAGCGAAGUGUAAUUGAUUGAAUCGAAAAUGGCGGACAAACAGAAACAGAUCAAGCGAACAACUGAGAAUUGUUAUGAAAUGGAUUGCAUAGUUUAUAAAAACGUUUUCAUAUAACAAGCUGCAACAGAACUUCAUUCACUCACAAAUCACACACGUUUGUAAUGUAACAUUGAUAAAUAAAUGUAAUAAAAUUAUAAUAUAUCUGUAAUAAUGUAAUAGCACACUACUUACGCAAUAUUUUUAGUGGUUUAGCCUUAGUUUCUCCAUGCAUUACAUGACUCUAGUUUAGUUCAGUUCGAUAUUUUUCCAAGAGCGCUGCUAUAGUGAUAUUAACAUUUACAGAGCAAAGAUUCAUGUACAUUGUAAUUUGUAAAUUUACAUUUAACAAUUAAAAAUUAACACUGAUCAUUAUAA